AUGGCCCUUUUGCAGCGCGGCGCUUUGGCAGCGCAGCGCGUCGCGCGUAGCCGUGCGACGCUGCGUGCGGCCUCUUCCUGGUCCGCGGUUGUGGACAGUGCCAAGAGUGCGCUGAGCGCCGACGGGAGCGCGACGGACGGCCGCGCGGCCGUGCGGUCGCUGCUGCGCGACCCCCUCGAGGUCGUCGGCGAAGAGCUCUCGUCGCUGCGGCAUAAUAUCGCGUCGCUGCUUGGCAGCGGCCACCCCUCGCUGGACCGCGUGGGCAAGUACUACUUCCAGGCGGAAGGCAAGCAUGUGCGCCCGAUGAUUGUGCUGCUCAUGUCGAAGGCGACCAACGGCCUGAGCCCCGCGUGGGGCGCGCAGCGUGCGGCGGCCGUCGGCGAGGACGCGGACGUGUCCAUCAGCCCCGAGAAUGUCCUGAAUGACGUGAACCCGAGCGCCAAGGCGGCCGAGCGCAGCCCGGCGCCGGCGUGUGCGUCGCCGUAUGUGCCGCACCUGCAAAACGUGCUCCUUCCCACGCAGCGCCGCCUCGCCGAGAUCACCGAGAUGAUCCACGUUGCGUCGCUGCUGCACGACGACGUGAUCGACGCGUCGGACCUGCGCCGCGGCGCGCCGUCCGCGCCGAGCACGUUCGGCAACAAGCUCAGCAUCCUCGGCGGCGACUUUUUGCUCGGCCGCGCCUCGAUUGCGCUCGCGCGCCUGCGCGACCCCGAGGUCGUGGAGCUGAUGUCGACCGUCAUUGCGAACCUGGUCGAGGGCGAGGUGAUGCAGCUCCGCGCGAGCGUCUCGGACCAGGUGCCGGUGACGGACGUGGGGUCGUCCGAGCCCAACGCCUACGUCCUCGACCGCUUUUGGACGCAGAGUACCACGCCGCAGGGGCCGACGCGCGAGCUGUUUGCAUACUAUCUGCAAAAGACCUACCUCAAAACCGCGUCGCUGAUCGCCAAGUCGGCGCGCUCCGCGACGGUGCUCGGCGGCUGCGGCGAGGCGCCGCUCGCCGCGCCGGCGCUCACGAGCGAGGAGCGCGCCGCGGCGCACAAGGUGUGCGAUGCGGCGUACGUGUACGGGCGCAACGUCGGCAUCGCGUUCCAGCUGGUCGACGACCUGCUCGACUUCCAGUCGACCUCAGAGGCGUUCGGUAAGCCGUCGGGCGGCGCGGAUCUGCAGCUCGGCCUCGCCACCGCGCCGGUGCUCUACGCCUGGCAGGAAUUUCCCGAGACGAACCUCGGCGAGAUGGUCCAGCGCCGCUUCUCGCAACCUGGCGACGUCCAGGAGGCACUCGCGAUCGUGCACCGCUCCAACGGCCUUGCACGCACCGCUGAGCUCGCCCGAUACCACGCGCAGGUCGCUGGCGAGGCGCUCCUUGCGCUGCCCGAGAGCGAUGCACGCGCUGCGCUCGCGCAGCUCAACGAGCAGAUUAUUACUCGUGUCAAAUAG